UGUAACUCUUUACACCGGAGCUGCAAUAUCCUUACUAAGCCACAAUUACCAACCCGUGUGAUUGACGUGGGAACUGAAGCUACUUCGCCUCGCCUUUUUGAAUCUAGUGGCAAAAGAGCGAAUUAUAUUACUUUAAGCCAUUGUUGGGGAAACACGGAACACCAACCAGUUCAGACAACGACACAAACUCUCCUUCAGCACUACAAAGAGAUAUCUUGGGAAGCCCUUGGUCAAACAUUCCGGGAUGCGAUUCUCAUUACUCGCGAACUCGGCCUACAAUUCUUAUGGAUUGAUAGCCUAUGUAUUAUUCAAGACAGCGGCUCUGAUUGGGAGACAGAGUCGGCCGGAAUGGCCGAGGUGUAUCUCAAUUCUCUUAUGACACUAGCAGCAACUGCCUCUCUUAAUAGCAGCGGGAGAGCCAUCCCAGAGGUGGCAGACACAUUUGUCCGUAAACCUGUUCGGCACGGCCACGAUAACAUUUGUAUGAAGCGCGGGGGUAUUGAAACAGGUGCUCCUUUGCUUAGUAGAGCAUGGGUCUAUCAGGAAACUGUAAUGUCUCCUAGAACAGUGCACUUCCAUUCAGAGGAGCUCAUAUGGGAAUGCCGGGAAGAUGUCAGCUGUGAGUGUGGCUACUUUAAAUUUCCAGAAGUACACGAGGAAAUCUAUGGAAUGGCAAGGCACGUUACAAAUACCUGGAAGUCCCCGUUUGCGAUGUUACAGUUCGACAAUAAAGGUUUGGGGUCGGCUGAGAAUAUGCUUGAUGAAUGGUAUCGUAUUAUAGAUGCGUAUUCUGGUCUGAAACUUACACACGAUGGUGACCGCCUCCCUGCACUGGCCGGUCUUGCUUGCCGUUUCGCUGAAGCGCUCGACACAUCAUACCUUGCAGGCUUGUGGCUAUCAGAUCUGUGGAAAGGCUUGUUGUGGAGAAGGAAUUCAGAUGUUACGUGCCGUCGUCUCUCAGGGCCAAAGGCUACAAUUCCUACUUGGUCAUGGGCAUCUAUU